CGAGGUAGUUGCUAACCUGAAAAUUUGUGUUUCGAAUUUCCUGCUACAUUUGCAAUCUCCGACAGUUUACACCCCUUGCCUACACAUUGCUCAGUAUGCCUUUUCUCAAGUCAGCGCUUGGUGGCUUGGCUGCAAUGGUAGCUUUCGCCUGUGCUGCGACAGACUAUGGAACCGAGGAAGAAAUGGGCCCGGCUGCCUUCAUGUGGCCGGCUGACAGAGUCUGGGCAGCCUCCAUGGACAAUACCGCUCCUUGUGGUUCUGUUGCAAGCCCCGGAAAUAGAAGCGAGUUUCCGAUGCAGAGUGCACAUGUUGCUUUGGUCGUCCAGGACGAGUCUUAUACUAUCCAGCUGAGCAUCUCUUACCUGUCAAAUCCCAAACGCAACUCGGACUUCACGGUGCUUAUCGACAGCGAUGAAUUCGAAUCCAUGAACCCCGGCCAUACUUGCGUAUCCGUUCCGGACGCUGUCGACUCCGUUAGCGCUGGCGACAAGGCAACCCUCCAGAUCAAGUACAUUGCAGACUUUGAUUCUUCCGAGAACCAGACCUUCUAUGCCUGCGCCGACGUCACAUACGUGGAGCUCACAAACUUUGACGAGUCUGUCCCAUGUUUCAAUGCUACCACAUCGGACGACGAUGAUUCUUCUUCGUCGUCCUCGUCGUCGACUUCAUCAUCGUCUGCGUCGUCUAGCAGCACUGCCAGUUCCGACUCGAGCAAGUCCAGUUCGGGUGGCCUUUCCAAGGGCGCUAUUGCUGGCAUUGUCGUUGGCUCAGUUGGCGGUGUCUCUCUGGUUGCUCUGGCUGCCCUGCUUAUCUACAGACAAAAGAACAAGCGUCUCAAUGCACUCAGGCAGCAACAUUCGGCUAGAGGAGUAAACUGGACGGAACAGCCCCCCAAGAACUCCCAGUCUUCUACAGGGAGUGUCAGGCUGAAUGACAUGUCUUAGAGAAUUAAGUGGUGGUGCUACGGCUUGGAAGGGGUGUGAGUGGGUGUAGGAAUUUCUAAUGGUGGUAAUGCAUUAUGCUGGGAUGAACAUCUUUGACUAAAUCACACAAUCAUCCAUCAAUCCAUGAUUGGCACGAGAUCAUUUAGGGAGCUGGUUGGAAGUCAUGAUAACAACUUUUGAGCACAAACAUGGU